AUGUUGAAAGAAUUCAAAGAGGAGAUGAUGAAGACGUUUGAAAUGUCUGAUCUUGGGGAGUUAAAGUAUAUUCUCGGAUUAGAAGUAAAGAAUUUGAAUGAUGGUCUCUUUGUGUCUCAGCACAAAUAUGCAGCUAAUCUAUUAAACAAGUUUGGAAUGGAAAAUUGCAACUCAGCUACAACUCCAAUGAAUACAAAUGAGCAUCUUCAAUUACAUGAUGAUUCUGAGAAUGUCUGUUCCACAAAAUACAGAAGAAUUGUGGGUGGUUUGCUCUAUCUCACUCACACUAAACCAGACCUCAUGUUUGCUGUGUCCACUGUGUCACGAUUCAUGAGCUCUCCUUCUUCUCAUCACUAUGGUGCAUUAAAGAGGAUACUCAGGUAUGUGAAAGGCACUCUGAAUUAUGGUUUGUUCUAUAAAACAAUAGGUGGUUUGGAAUUGCAAGGCCAUUCGGACAGCGAUUGGGGUGGAUCCAUUGAUGAUAGGCGAAGCACUUCAGGCUGGUGUUUUUCUCUUAGAUCAGCUGUCAUUGCUUGGAGCUCGAAGAAGCAAACCAUUGCUGCACUUUCCAGUACUGAAGCUGAGUACAUUACACUCACCUCUGCAGCCUGUGAAGCAGUUUGGUUGAGAAGGUUAAUGAAUGAUUUGUAUGAGAAACAAACAAGUGCAUCAGUUAUAUACUGUGACAGCAAUCAGCCAUUCAAAUUGCUAGAAACCCAAUACAUCAUGGAAGAACAAAACAUAUUGACACCCGUUAUCACUUCAUCAGAGAUCUAG